ACUCUGUUAACAGUCUGAGUGUGUACAGCAGAGAGGGAGAGCGGGAGAGAGACAUACACACUAACUGGAGAGAAACACUGCACAGUAGACUCACUUCUGUUUCUUGUCUUUUCAUUUGAAGCGGGACUAAAGAGAACAGACAGGCAGGUAAAGCAGACAGACAGGCAAAUCAGGUGAUCCUCUGAUGAUGGACGAUUACACUCUUCCCCUCUGGAUUUACCUGGGUGUCUUGAUUGUGUUUGUUGGCGGAGCCAUGAAGAAGAUUUUGGCAUCCCACCUGAGUGCCGCUCCCCCGCUGGUGGCCUGGCUGGGGGCCACCGUCCUGGUGGAGCGGCUAUGGGCGCUCUGCCUGCCCGCUGUGCUGAUGCUGGCACUGCUUGGUCUCGCCUGCUUUCUCUACUUUGCCGUCAGGACUGGCACGCCGCCUGCCACCCUGUCUGCCCACGGCAAGUCUGUCUUGAUCACAGGCUGUGACUCUGGAUUCGGACAUGCAACGGCAAAGCAUCUGGACGCUCUUGGCUUUGAGGUGUUUGCCACAGUGUUGGACCUGUCAGGACAUGGAGCCAGAGAGCUGCAGAGGAUCUGCUCCCCCCGUCUCACCCUCCUCCAGGUGGACAUCACCCAGCCGCAGCAGGUCCAACAGGCUCUGCUGGACACCAAGGCCAAGCUGGGCCUCAAAGGUCUGUGGGGCUUGGUGAACAACGCUGGAGUGUGUGUGAACAUUGGAGAUGCCGAGCUAUCACUGAUGUCAAACUUCCGUGGCUGCAUGGAGGUCAACUUCUUUGGCACCCUGAGCGUCACCAAGAGCUUCCUGCCGCUACUGCGUCAGGCCAAAGGACGCAUUGUCACUAUCUCCAGCCCCGCUGGUGACCAGCCAUUUCCCUGUCUGGCAGCAUACGGAGCUUCUAAGGCAGCUCUCAACCUCUUCUUCAACACUCUGCGACAUGAGCUGGAACCUUGGGGGGUCCGAGUCUCCACUAUCCUGCCCUCUGCAUACAAGACAGGUCAGUCCAGUAACCACACCUACUGGGAGCAGCAGCACAAACAGCUGCUUCAGAGUCUGUCUCCGGGGCUGCUAGAGGACUACGGCGAGGACUAUGUGACAGAGACCAAGGAGCUGUUUCAGAUCCACGCCCGCCAGGCCAACCCCGACCUCAGCCCUGUGAUCAACACCAUUGUCCAGGCGCUGCUGUCGCCGCAGCCGCAGGCGCGUUAUUUUGCUGGGUCCGGUGUUGGCCUCAUGUACUUCAUCCACGGCUACUGCCCCUUCAGCAUCAGCAACCGCUUCCUCCAGAAACUGUUUGUGAAGAAGAAGUUGAUGCCACGCGCUCUGAGGAAGCAGUCGGGCUUCGACCUGAACCUAAGCCUCCACAACAACAACAACAACGAGGAGAAACUGAAGUAGCUGUGAGAUGGUAGAAAUGUCCAGGUGUUACAACCCUGCAGCAGUAGAGGACCACUUCACUCAUAGAGCUGUAUCCUGUCCUUUCCUAUGUGCUGUUUUUAAACUGUUGAAGGGAUCAUAGUCAUGCACCUAAAUGGUUUCUGUUUUGUUCCUGUGUUGUCUGGCCUGGUGAUCUUCCCUUGUGGACAGCAAGGGUGCAACUGUAGCUGGGAGGGGACUGACAGGGGCAGGGUCUGAUCGAUCAGAGAACACAUCACCUCCACCAGUGAGAUCAGAUCUCACUGACUUCAUGUGCCUUCACUAUGCAGAGGACAGAAACACGAGAGAUACGGUGGAUCGAACACUACAGCAGCUUGUUCAUGCAAUGUUAGAAGAAAAGAACCAAAAACGUGAACACAAACAUGCUCAUCCUGGUUUGUCUGCUUAAUUACACUUUAUUUUAUCUUCAUUACAAGCAUAUUCCAAUCAUUUCUUACUCAACAACUGACUUUUGAUCCUCUGUGCUUACCUUAGUUCUGUAGUUCUGUGUACUCACAGUUUGACCAGGAUGUGUCCCUGUGAAAUGUGUCCUUUGUGAUGAGCUAACCAGCGACAGUAGCCUGACAGGCUAGCAGAAUCGGUUGCUGCGGUAACAGCAAGCCUCCACAGUUUCUGACAAACCUGACAAAAUCAGUACAAGUAAACCACCUGACGAUGUCACUUCAGAUUGUCUGUCUUCAGAUCAGAAAUCUGUGGGGACACAUUGUGUAAAACGAGAAACAAACUCCACCCACACGGUACGUUGAGAACCCUGAAACAAGUGCGCUGCUGUAGUGACGCCUCCACCCAUCAGCCCACGUGUUCCUGACACCUGAGUGCAGUUCACCUUCAGACCACAACACAGUUACAUGUGUUAUCUCUUUAUCCUGAAAAAAAACCCAGACUUUCAAAACAAAAGCACACAUUCAGUGUUGUUUGUUUUAUACUCACAAAACCAAAACAUGUUACUGUACCUUAAAUUGGUUUUCAGAGGGGGGGGUCUGUCCCCCGAGUCCCCUGUGUCCCCUCACCCUGGUCACUUCAGUGUUUUCAAAAGUUGAAAGAUCCAUUUUUAAGUGUCUGUGAGUGUUAAAAUGUGCUGUUUGAGGUUAGAGCAGAAGAAGAAAAGCAGAAGUUCUGUUUUCAUGUCCCUUGGACAUCAGCAUUAAAUUCAGCAGUUUGAAAGCUCUGAGCUGAAAACCAGACAGUCCACUUAUAUUUUGGUUUUGUUUCCUUGAGUCUUCAUGUUUAUGAAACAAAAAAUGCAGUUUUCUUGUUCGUGUCAGAGAACAAGCACACAGACCAGCUGGAGUUUAUUUUCAUGUUCAGGAUGUCUCAAUGUUCCGUCAUCGUGAUUCAACGGAUGAAAGUCAAAAAAACGUGUAGCAGCUGUUUUCUCCUGACGUGACGAACCCGGCAGAACAUGAGCCUCGUCUGGUCGGUCGGUCGGUUUUCUGUGCGUUCGAGUCUCACCUGACCUGCUCUGUUCGUUUGUCAGCCUGAUUUUUGUUUGUGAAUCAAACUAUUUAUGGCAUCUGUUCUGUUAUCAUGACUUAAACUGUGAAUUUUGUAUUUAAACGAAAUUUUAAAAAAACAACAAAAAUAUGCAAAAUGUUCACUUGGUUCAUACUUUGCUAGAAAUAAAGUUAACUUUUUCAGA